GCAAAAGAAUUAAAAAAAUAUAGAAUUUGAUAAAUUGACUAAAUUCUUGGAACAAAAUUAUAAAGGACUGAAAUGAUUUAGAGACAAGAGUAGAUGGUUCAGCGCGGAAAGUGAAGUAUGUCAGCCUAUGAUGAAGAUUUAACCGAGAACGGUUGGUACUUGGCUCUAUCACAAAAGCAUGAGGAUUUAUUUAUACGAGCAACAAACGAACGUUGGAUGAUAUGCAUACCACGUGUGGGAUCAUGGAAAGGUGGGAUCGAAGAUGGCGACUUAUUUUCACAGAAGUCAUUCGAAUCUCAUAUUUUAAAACAACUUGUGGUUUACGGAGAUAAACCUGAAGUGGAAUCGAAUAAAUAUUUAACUUAUAAUGGAAAGGAAGUUUUUAUCACUGGACCAACAGUAACUUGUGGGGAAGGUUUCACCAAUAACUUCAACAUUCCAUCCUAUGAUAAACGUAGUGAGAGAUUAGAAUUACAUAUUGAAACUUCUCAUACUUCCCAAAUUCUAUUCGAAGAAACAUUUUUCAACCAACAUGAUGAGAGUUACGUUGUGCUCUGUCUUUCACAACCUCUUGAGCAACACCUAGUGUCUGUAGGAGAUGAAGAAUCUUCCUCAUCAGAAGUUGAGAAAGCAUCCGGACCUCGCUGGGAGUCGUAUGGAUCAUAUGUGUGGACGCGGGCUUAUCAUGGGAAGAGGUUGCAUCAUUUCAUUGAUGAGAGGAUCACCCAUUUUGUGUCCGAGAGGAAAUAUCCAUGUAAUUAUGAAGUGAGGUCGUUAAAAUCAAGCGAUGAACUUGUGGUGGAAGCUAAAGUUGUUGCUGAAUGUGCGGAGAAAUUCAUAACAAGCAUGGUUCAAAACGUGAUAAAAGAUUCAAAACUGAAAAAAUACAUAGAGGUUCCUUCGCAACAAACAGCACUCUAUUCUUCAUUAGAGAGCUACAUACUGCAUGGAACAUAUGUUGUGAACAUGAGAGAGUUAAACGACAUUAUGUCGGUACAGGAUGAACAACUGAACAAGAUCACUCGAAACUUAAGUUCUGUUAAAUAUGACGACCUUGAAAUAAAAGAGGAAUUAUGCACAGGAAUACCACGGGCUCGCCGUGAGUUGUCUAUGAUGAACAGGUUUCGAACACCGGGUGAAAAACUUGAAUGCCUGGAAAACACGAUUCGGUUUUUAUCUCCGAGGACAAGCCAAGCAACUCUUCAAAUCAAUGCAAACGAUCGUUCUGAAGCUACAAAUAAGAAUGAACCCAUUGUGAUGUCAUCAGAUGAUCUGCUCCCUAUAUUAAUCUACUUAGUAUUAAAAUGUGAGAUAACCAAUUGGUUGGCAAACUUGAUGUACAUGAAGUAUUUCUACUUUACAAAAACAAACAAAGAUCAACACAGUUUUUAUCUGGCAACACUGGAAGCAGCAGUGGAACAUGUACGGAACAGAAAUAUUAAAAUAGAUCGCACCAAGUUGUCUGCAUUGUCUUCACACGAACAAACGCAAGAACUCCAUCAUUUAUUCAAGUUGAUUGAGAAUGUUGACGUAGCUGGGGUCGAUAGAUUAUUGCGACAAGCCCAAGAUAUGAAGAGUUUACACGACCAUGACAAGUGUCACCCGUUGUGUGAAUGCAACAACUGCACUAAGUUGUCCAACAGGAAAGCUAACCGAGGAUCAUACGUUAGCGUAUCUUCAAGAGAUGACAGAGGUAGAACAGCUUUGCAUAUAGCAGCUGUGACAGGCAAGCAUGAGGUGGUAGAUACGUUACUUAACCAUGGAUCAGAUAUCAAUGCAUCAGAUUACCACGGUGCUACUCCACUGCAUUUAGCUGCACAAGAAGGAAGCCAAAGUGUUAUUUUCCUUCUGUUACAUCAUGAAGCUGCUGCCAACGCUGUAGACAACAAUAACAAUACUCCACUUCAUCUCGCUUGUUAUGGGGGCCAUGAUGGGAGUGUGAAAGCGAUGUUAUUUUACGACCCUGUACGGGCUGUUGUUAAAGUUGAUGCAGUGAAUGACCAGGGUGAUAUACCUCUGCAUAUCGCUUCUAGAUGGGGAUACGCCUCCAUAGCGCAAGCAUUGGUUGAAUGCGGUUCCGAUAUUUCAUGUCAAAACCGCAAGAAAGAAUCGCCACUAGACGUUGCUCACAACUCACAGAUGAAAUAUAUUCUACAACACACGGAACUUACUGUGACUUAUUCCAACCUACGACCUGAACACACUGUGCCGGUAGUGAAUAAAACAAAGCAUUCCAAUAUAAAUCAAUUGACACAGAAGAUUAACCAAUCAAAUGCUUUGAAACCAAAAAGCUCCAACCUGAUUGGUCAGUUUAAAAGGGAGAAGCCAAGCCUUCCUAAACAGAUAUUGAAACUCCACCGAGCGGUUACAGACAACGAUGUACACAUGGUGGCGUACAUGUGCGGGUGGGGAUUGGACGACGAUAGGUCAUGUGACCCGCUGUGCCAGUGUUACAAAUGUCAACCAUCGCAGGACAUCAUCCUCCACGCAAACUCUACAUCUCCCGAUGGAUCAACUCCUCUCCUCAUCUCAUGCAUGCGAGGUUACGUUGAGAUGACCCGAAUGUUGUUGGAUCAUGAUGCGAGGGUUGGAUGCAAGAGCAAGGAUCGCGAACUCUCUCCUCUUCAUCUUGCUUGUCAGUAUGGAUAUGAAGAGAUUGUUCGCUUGUUAUUGGAUCACGGAGCUGUUUGUGAUGUCAGAAACGCAGAGGGGAACACCCCAAUAUAUAUGUGUGCUGCCAAUGGCCAUGCAUCGUGUGCUGAAGUUCUUCUUGAGUUUGGAGCAUCAGUGAAUAUUCGUAACCAUAAAUAUGACGCACCUCUUCAUGAAGCUGUAAAGUGGAGAAACAUAAACGUUGCAACAUUACUUAUGGAGAGUGGUGCCAUGACUUAUUAUAAGAAUAAACAAGGAAUUACUCCACUACAAAUGGCUAAGGAGCAGAACCCUGAGAUGUACGCCGUAUUGACGUCUGCACCACGUGAUCAUGACGUCACCGAAACCACUCAACCAGAAACACAACCUCAGCCAAUUAAAUGCCACCGUUACAAGAAAAGUAUAAGCCAAUCAGAAGCAGAUGAAAUGCUGGCUAACGAUUUGUUUGAACGAUUCACCCCUGACCCCGCCCCUACCACACCCCCUUUACCCGCCCCCACCACACCCUCAUCAUCCAACCCCAUAUUCACGUUUCAUGAUAAUGUACCCGUGACACCUCCCAUUCAUAUGAAGCAAUCAUGUGAUGAAAUAGCAGGGACAGGGUUUUAUAAACCUGACGCGGAUCCGAAAAAAGUGACCUCUGACGUCACAGAUGACAUCAGAGGUUCAAAAGCUGAAAUUAAAAAUAAUAGUGACGUAAAACAUGACGUCAUCGACUCAACGGAAGUUCAUUCCGGGAGUGACAACCUGAAAGUGCCAGGUGACACCCUGGAGUCUCACAAUGUUACAACUCCUUCCACAAGUUCUUACAACCCUUAUUUUGAAAUCGGGAGUCGAAAUUCAAACAAUAAUGAAAAUAGUGACCUCACAAAUAAGACGCACUCCAACGAUGACGUAAUAAAACCGGAUCGUGACGAAGUGACGUCAUAUUUAUCGCUGCAUGAAACGAGUUAGCGACGUCAUAGUUCAAUCAUUGUGCAAUAAUCAACAGUAUUGUUACGUAACAAAUCUUGUUGCCAUUUUAUUAAAAAGUUUCUGUAAGUUUUUAUAUAUCAAGAAUUACCAUUUUUGCCGAUUGUACGUCAUAAUUGCCAGGUAACGUUUAUUGAGCUACGAAUGACGUCACAAAUACACAUAAUGGUAUUCGUGACGUCACUGAACAUCUUUGUUUUACCCAUUGGUCACAUAAUAUAUCAAAAAUUGUUUUCUAAGUAAAUAAGGUUUGAUUGUUAAGUCAAUGUUACGAAAUAUUGCAGAUUGUGACGUAGCAGUGAAAGAGAUCAUAGGUUAAAGAUGAUUAUUAUGUCAUAAUAGUUGUUGCAAAGUACUGUGAUGUCAUAUUGAAGCAACUGUGUUCAUUAUUUAUUUUGUUUGUAAAUUGUUGCAAUUGUGACGUAAUCAAAAUGUUCUUUAAUAUUGUAACACGUCACAAUUUAAUAACUGAUAAAAAUGAAACUCUUGU